CGUUGACUUUGACGUAUCGCAAACCAUUUUCAUUCCUUGCUCAUUUAUUACGUAAAUCAGCGAGCAUAAGAACGUUAUCGUAACAGGCAAGGAUUCACAUAAAAAUGCUGAAAGUAGCGACUACGUUGCGACUGCUGUCCUCCCAGGGCGUGCAGGUCAGGUCCUUAGCUACCGCCGUCGGUUACAAGCAGGCACUAGUCAACGUUCCACCGACCAAGCUUACAGUGCUCGACAAUGGACUGCGAGUCGCCUCCGAGGACUCCGGUGCCGCCACGGCGACCGUUGGCCUGUGGAUUGAUGCCGGCUCCAGGUACGAGAACUCUAAAAACAACGGAGUCGCACAUUUCCUAGAACACAUGGCUUUCAAAGGCACCAGCAAAAGAUCGCAGACCGACCUCGAGUUGCUCGUCGAGAAUAUGGGAGCGCAUUUAAAUGCGUACACGUCUCGGGAACAGACCGUGUUUUACGCUAAAUGCCUCGCGAAUGACGUGCCCGCGGCCGUCGAGAUCCUUGCCGACAUUAUUCAGAAUUCGUCGCUCGCUGAACCCGAAAUCGAACGCGAACGAGGCGUGAUCCUCCGAGAGAUGCAGGACGUCGAAAGCAACCUGCAAGAGGUCGUAUUCGACCACUUACACGCCACUGCCUUCCAAGGCACACCCCUAGGACAGACCAUCUUGGGACCCACCAAGAAUAUUAAGAAGAUCUCCAAGGCUGACUUGCAGCAGUACAUCAAGACGCACUACCAGCCAGCACGCAUCGUGCUGUCUGGCGCCGGUGGCGUCGAGCAUGAGAAGCUUGUGGACCUCGCGAACAAGCACUUGGGCAAACUAAAGAACACAGCCCUUGAUGUGCCCGAAAUUGCCCCCUGUCGCUACACUGGCUCUGAAAUCAGAGUCCGUGAUGACUCCAUGCCCCUGGCUCAUAUCGCUAUUGCUGUUGAGGGUGCCGGUUGGACCGAUGCUGAUAACAUUCCUCUAAUGGUUGCCAAUACUCUUAUUGGAGCUUGGGACCGCUCCCAGGGCGGUGGCGCAAACAACGCCUCAGUGCUCGCCCGCGCCGCGUCCUCUGAAGGCCUGUGCCACAGCUUCCAGUCCUUCAACACCUGCUACAAGGACACCGGUCUGUGGGGCAUUUACUUUGUUGCCGAGCCCCUCCAGAUUGAGGACAUGGUCUUCAACAUUCAGUCUGAAUGGAUGAAGCUCUGCAUUUCCGUUACAGAGGGUGAGGUUGAGCGCGCAAAGAACUUGUUGAAGACAAACAUGCUCCUACAGCUCGAUGGCACCACCCCUGUCUGUGAAGACAUUGGUCGCCAGAUGCUCUGCUACAACCGCAGAAUCCCUAUCCACGAAUUGGAUGCUCGCAUUGAUGCUGUCACUGCCGCAAACAUCCGUGAUGUCUGCUACAAGUACAUCUAUGACAAGUGCCCCGCAGUCGCUGCAGUCGGCCCCACCGAAGGCUUACCCGACUACACCAGGCUCCGCGCCAGCAUGUACUGGCUUAGGGCGUAAAUUAAUGUAAUUAUUAUCAUAGAUAAUCUUUUAGAAUCUUUAUUUAAAUCAGUCAACAACAUUAAAUCUACUGAUCCCAAAUGUCUGUUGUUUUAUUGUAUUAAAACACGUCUUUGGUGGAAUGUGUAUUUAUUAUAGGAGAAUAAGUAAACGAGAUGUAAAUAAACAAUUCUGUUUUCCAA